GGGCAGCUGGGUGCGCUGACAGCAGCUUCCGGGUUGAGACUGUGACGUCUUGUUGUGUUGUCAAGAUGGCAGGACACGAACAUCCCCACCACUUCUCUCCGUGUUUCUGCGACUUAAUGAGGUUCUUCGGGUCCCUGGUUGUGCCUUGCGUGUACCUCAGCCUGGUGCUGACCCUCGGCUUGCUGCUGCUCGUGCUGGGGGUCCGUGUGUGGCUCCAGGACCGCCGUAGGGCCCGCCGGGCUCGGGACGGCGGCCCCGCGGUGGCCUUCUUCCACCCGUACUGCAACGCUGGGGGAGGCGGGGAGCGGGUCCUCUGGUGCUCGCUGAGGACUCUCAUGCACCG